AUGCCCAAGGCCAAUAAAAUGAAGUACUACGCAGUCAGAAACGGUCGAGAAGGUGCCAAAGUCUACACAACUUGGGAGGAAGCGAAGGAGAAUGUGUCGAGGUAUCCUGGCGCUGUGCACAAAAGCUUCACAAGCCAGACCGAAGCCCAACGGUGGCUAAAUGUGGCAGCUCCGCUGCAGAGGACUUAUUUAGAAGGUCCCCCGAAGGACUGGACGCCGCCUCCUCCACAGGACCCUGCCGCCGGUCCGUCGCGACGAUCAAAGUCCUUCAAUGGACAGCCCAACCCAGGCACAGCGAUGAAUAUUCCUGCGGAUAGUUUCCUUGGGAAUCUCCCUCCUGCUCUUCCCCAACAACCACCAGAACCGAAGGUAGCUCUAUCGUCUGAACAGCGUGCGGUCUUGGACAUGGUUCAGCAAGGAAGAAGCGUCUUCUUCACUGGGUCUGCUGGCACGGGGAAAUCUGUGUUGCUCCGGGAGAUCAUCAAGUUUUGCACCGAGCAUUCUGGUAAGCGACCAGCAGUAACCGCUGCAACGGGGAUCGCCUCCGUGAACAUUGGCGGGUGCACGCUUCACUCUUGGGCAGGCAUUGGCUUGGGCAAGGAAGAUGCCAAAGUUCUUGUGGGAAAACUCCUCGGCAAGCACAAGCAACUGCUGAAGAAGGAUAAGGAGAAGGGCAGGCAGGCGGAAGACGACAUGGACUGGUACGACGAGACAGGCACGGAGAAAAAUUCAUGGUCGGUGAAUCGCUGGCGUGAGGUCAAGACACUUAUCAUCGACGAAAUAUCUAUGAUUGACGGAAAUCUGUUCGAUAAACUUGAAUACAUCGCUCGCAUCCUCCGACGAAACAAAGCUCCAUUCGGAGGAAUCCAGCUUGUACUGUCUGGAGACUUCUGUCAGCUUCCGCCUGUACCGGAUCGAAUGAACGGCGUGUCCAAAGAUAUCAGAUUUGCCUUCGACGCGCAUUCCUGGGAGGAUUGCGUUGGUCGACCAGUUAUCCUGACGCAUGUCUUCCGACAGAAAGACCAAGCCUUCGUGGACAUGCUCAACGAGAUGCGAUUCGGACGCCUCAGCCCAAAGACUAUCACUGAAUUCAGGAAGCUAUCGCGAGAUGUUGAAUAUGAUGAUGGCAUCGAACCCACGGAUCUCUUCCCAACUCGGCGAGAGGUCGACAAUGCCAACGACUAUCGCCUGGCCAAUCUCAGCGAUCCUCGCCAUGAGUACAAGGCGAGAGAUGUCCCAGGUUACGACGACAAUAAUGCCCCAAUUUCUGAGAAGAAGAUGGAGGCGAUGUUGGAUAGGCUGAUUGCUCCCAAGGCCGUCACGCUGAAGGUCAUCUUUCAUCCUUUCGCACCCAAUAUUCAGUUAACCUACAUUCGCAAACAGGUUGGUGCCCAAGUAAUGCUGAUCAAGAAUCUCAUUCAAGGUGAACUUGUCAACGGCUCUGUCGGGCGCGUCGUCGCAUUCAGCAAGGUCAAGGACGCUAUCAACGGGGGUGCGUUGGUUGCACACGACCAAGGCGUCAGUGGUGGUGGCAGCAGCCUACCAAUUCCCGGUGGCAGCAUGAUGGCCGGCGGCAGCACGAGUAGCGGUGACAGAAACAAGGACCAAGGUAAGAUCCCGGAGCACAUCCUACUCUCCAACGACGUCUGGCCGGUCGUGAAGUUCCAGAAGGGGUUAAUGGUCGUCUGCAUCCCGACUGCGUUCGAGCAGACCAACGCCAUCGGCACGAUGGAAGCGAUGAGGGAGCAGGUACCUCUCAUCUUGGCGUGGGCCCUCAGCAUACACAAGUCGCAGGGCCAAACGCUGGAGAGGGUCCGGGUAGACCUGGGACGUAUUUUCGAGAAGGGUCAAGCAUACGUCGCUCUCUCCCGAGCUACAAGCAUGCAAGCACUGCAAGUAUUGAAGUUUGACCCGGGAAAGGUCAUGGCUCACCCUCGCGUGCUCGAGUGGACGAGGCAGGUCACCGCGAAGCGCGGUGUAAUCGAAGAUGAUAUGGAAUUUGAGACUAAUCUUGAUGACGAUCUGGAAUUUUGGGCAGACUAUCUGUAA